AUGCACGGUAAUGGUUAUCCAACCAUCUCUUUUGUUUUUCUCGAAUGUGGAGAAGAUAAUAGUGGCAAUGAAUUGGGAGUUGAUAAUGUGAUGUUGGAGGAGGAUGCCUUGCACAAGGAAAUUUCAUCUGUGACGAAGAAUAAUGAUUUGGCUGUUUUUACUUUAGUUGGUAAGACGGCAAGAAGUGAGAAAGAAGCUUAUGAUUUGUAUAAUGAUCAUGCCCGAUUGAUUGGUUUUAGUGUGAGAGUGGGAAAACAGAAGUUUAGAGCUUAUAUCCAGUUUACUGUUGACAAAGAUGGCUGGUGGACCUGUACAAAGUAUCUGGUUGAUCACAAUCAUGAUCUUGUGCCGAAUGAAAUGAUUGGACUUCUUCGAUCUCAACAUGAAGUAGAUGAAAAUGAUAUGAAGAUAAUCAGAGACAUGACAAGGAGUGGCAUCCCUUUGGUUGAUGCAUUUAAGUUUGUGGCAAAAUUACACGGCGGAAGCCCGAACAUGAAAUAUACUUUGAGAGAUGCCUACAAUUAUGAGCGUCCUGCUGUUGGAUUUGAAGCUGUGAGGGGUGAAGAUCUACGUUGUAGCCAGGGAAACAUCGAUUCAUAUCUUCCCGGUGACCCUCUUCUGGAGAGCAUUCGCAGAGUGUACACAGUUGAAGCAUUCCGGGAGGUUCAGCAGUUCCACAAAGAUGGGAUGUUGUGCAGGCAGGAGCAGGUAGAGGUCUCAAAUGAUGGCAAUACUGUGACGUACCAUGUUUGGCGGUUUGGGAUAGAGCACUUUAAGCACGUGGUUGUACAUGACACUAGGUUACAGAGAUUCUCAUGCACAUGCAGGCAUGUAACAAAGUCGAGGCGGAAAACAAAUGCAAAAAUUGCUGCAGACCGAACAAGAGCUUCAUUGCAUCGACUGCAUUAUCAAAGCAUGCGAUUUCCUUAUCCAAAGGAGCUGCUCAACAUUUUACGAGCUCGGGAAGUUUUGCUUGUGAAUGCUUCUCAUCAAAGCGUGCCAUCUUUGAACGUAAAUUCCAGUGGACUCUCAUUUGCUAAUCCAAGCAUAGCUGCCCAGCAUUUUUCAUGGGCAGGGGCUUCCACUUCUAUGAAUGCUUCUGAUCAAAGCAUGCCGUUCAUCAACCAAAAUUCCGGUGGAUUCUCAUUUCCAAUUCCUAAGGGAGGUAGCCAGGAGUUUCAAGGCGAAUGCACUUCCGCUGCUGUGAAUCCUUCUCAUCAAAACAUGACAUUCAUGAAUGAAAACUUUGGUGGUUUGUCAUUUCCUAACCGAAGGGAAGCUGCCAGGGAGGCUGGAGCGCAGCGUUUCUUCAACAAGAUGUUCUAUUAG